UCAUUUUCGCAUAAUUCAUUCCUGAUAGAGUGAUAGUCAAUAUUACUUUCAUAACUUUCUCUUCAUCAAAAUUUCAUGAAUUUUCAUGUCAAACCAUUGCUCCCAUUAUUUUUGUGCUUUUCUUUUUCUCUCAACAUUGAUAUUAGGGAUGACAAUGGGUCGGGUCGGGCGCGGAUAGUGCAUAUCCGUUACCCUACCCAUCGUAGUUCGGGUUUUACCCAUACCCAUACCCACAUGUGAAAUGGGUAGAAAAUCAAAACCAUGCCCAUACCCGUUCGGGUUUCGGGUAUCCACGGUUAUCCAUGAGUAAUAAUUUCUCUUCAUAACUUCAACCAAUAUGUUAACAUUCAUACGUAUUCUCACAUUACGUAAGAGGAAAAGUACGACAAUAAUUCACUAGGAUGAAGAAAAUUAAUUAAAACUACACAAUUUCAUGAAAAUAUUAUAUUUAUAUACUAAAUAUAAAAUAUGUUAGAGAAAAAUAUUGAUUAUUUCUAGACAAAAUACAUAUGCAUGUGUAUAAUCGGGCGGGUUCGGGUUGGAUAGUGAGAAACCCAUGCCCACCCAUUACCCGCAAUAUUCGGGUUCGGAUUUUACCCGUACCCACUAAAUGUCCUUCGGGUUCGGGUUUUACCCUACCCAAUUAGGCCGAAUUCGGGCGGAUAUCCACGGUUACGGAUAUUUUUGCCAUCCCUAAUUGAUAUUAGAUGGGGUCUAAAGAAGUAACUAAACACAAUUAUGUUUCUAUCAACUUCCAAGAUUUAUUAUAAUUAACAAUUACACAUGUUGAUGGUUUCCAAUUUUAUGUUGCUGUGGUUUAUAUCUAUGUUGUCAUAGCUCUACUAUAAGUAAAAAAACAACAAAAGUAUACCAAAAAUAGUCUCGUUUGGAGAAUUGGAGUCUAAAUCUCUAAAUUGUAAACAAUACCAAGAUUUUGAUUCUCCAAAUUGUUGAAAAGGAAAUUUUUUUUCAUUAUUUGGUAACAGUGAUUGUUAGCAUUCAAUAAAAAGAUUGAAAUUCUAUUUUUUUUUAUCAAAAAACAUGUUUAUCUUUAAUCAAAAGAAAUAGAGUGACUAAAAAAAUAUUAAAAAAAAUAUUUAGUGGGAUAAAUAAAAAAUAAAAGAUACAGUAAGGUGAAAAAAAUUUCUCGUGUCAAGAUAUAGAAUCUCUAAUGAGUGAUUUGAAAUCUCUCAAAUUAAUAUUCAUACUAAUUUUUAGAAAUCUGUCUCAGCCUCUCAGGUUUCAUAAGAACAACAGCAAUUAACGUAAUUUUUUUGCUGAAUUUAUGAUUGAAUUUCUUUUCUCCAAAGGAGUCCUUAGCUUCCCCGCCAGCAAAUCCACUUCCCAAUGUCGCCGUUGCAGAAUGCCGACUCGUUCUUGUUCUGGCAGCCUGGCGUGGCGAGCGAGGCGCCGGCGACCGGUCCAAUGCAACGCUUUCACACUCACCCCUUUGUUUGUUAUUCCUAUUCACGAUUCCCAGGACGGCCGCUGAGCCCCUAGGAUUUGUAACUCCUUCAUCGCACUCUCCGUUCAAGUUAGUGGCUCCCUCCUUCCACCAAACACCUUCAAUGGCCAUUUCCCAUACUCCCCCCUCCUCUGUUCACACAAAGACUUCAACUUUUUUCACCAUUUUCCCCAGAAAUGGCAGAAGUUCCUUUUACCCUACAGACCUUCUAGUAAACUACCCACUUCCAGAGCUCUGAAACAGAAAACCUCUUUUCCAAUUUCCCACCCAAAUGCCUGCAGCUUCGCCUUCGCCAUAUUCAAUGGAUUCCUCUCCAAUGAACUCAAACGCCGAGGUUUCAGAAAUAGACAGGACCCGAAUCCCAUUCGUCCACACGGUGCCAGCAGCGAGCAGAAUUCUGCCAUCAGCAAGCCAAUGGAACUCCAUCGAGCUCGAUUUCAACCUCGUCCCACGCUCAGAGAAUGCGUACCAUUCAAUCCCUUCCAACUAUUCCAAAUCCUAUGAAUUCGAAUUGGUCGUCUCCGAUAAGCCUUACUUCAAACGCUUCCUCAUCAUCUUGGGCCUCCUGGUCCUUGUCGCUAUAGGGCUUCCUUUGCUACUCCAUUUCCUGCCUCAAGCCCACCGCCACAAGACUUCCCCCAUGAACUUCACUCUCGCUGUUGCCCACUCUCUCAACUUCUUCGACGCCCAGAAAUCUGGGCGUUAUCCGACUACUAGUCCGGUGAAGUUUCGAGGGAUUUCGGGGAUGGAAGACGGGAACUCGAGGAAUCCACCGGUGGAUUUGAAAGGAGGGUUUUAUGAUUCAGGAAACAACAUAAAGUUCAGCUUCCCAACUGCUUACACAGUCACAUUGUUGAGCUGGAGUGUGAUCGAGUAUCAUGAGAAGUUUGAUGAUAUCAACGAGCUUGAUCAUGUCAAGGAUAUAAUUAAGUGGGGGACUGAUUACUUGCUCAAGGCUUCUGUGAGGUCAAAUUCUACUAGUAAUGCACCAGUUACCUUAUACUCACAGGUGGGUAGCACUGGAAAUGGGACUGACCCUUAUACUGAUAUGAGCUGUUGGGAGAAACCUGAAGACAUGAGCUAUCCUAGGCCGGUGUUUGCCUGUGAUGGAACGACGGCUGCUGACCUGGCUGGAGAAGUUGUGGCAGCAUUGUCAGCAGCAUCAAUCGUGUUUCGGGAUGAGAAGGAUUACUCAAAUGAGUUAGUUCAAGCAGCAGAGAGCUUGUAUGUCGCUGCAACUAAGAAAGGCCAGACUACAUAUACUAGUGUUAAGGCUUGUGGUGGAGAGGCUAGCAGAGUUUACAAUUCGUCUGGUUUCCAAGAUGAGCUUGUUUGGGGUGGAACUUGGCUGUUUUUUGCUACUGGAAACACCACGUUUCUUGAGUAUGCUGCUCUCAAUUUCAGUGCAGCGAUUAAACAGCAGGAUCCGAAGGAGCAAGGUGUUUUCUAUUGGAACAACAAGGUCGUUGCCACUGGUAUUCUACUGACAAGACUUAGGUUCUUCCGGGAUCUUGGAUUCCCCUUUGAGAUUGGAUUCAAGGCAGCAUCAGACAUGACUGAAGCCAUGAUCUGUUCUUAUCUUUCUGAUAAACACUUCCACAAGUCACCUGGUGGAUUGAUUGUGUUAAUGCCUGAUGGAAGCCCUCCAAUUCAGUAUGCAGCAACAGCAUCUUUCCUUACUAAACUAUACAGUGACUACCUUGAACUUGGGCUUCAAUCUAGUGUCACUUGUGGUAAAGAUGGUUUCUCUCUUCAGACCAUGAGGAGCUUCUCCACUUCACAGGUGAGGUACAUUCUUGGAGAGAAUCCAAUGAAGAUGAGCUACUUGGUUGGGUUCGGGAAGAAAUAUCCAACCCAUGUCCAUCAUCGGGCAGCAUCAAUCCCAAAGGAUGGCAAAAAGUACAGUUGUCCGGAGGGUGAGCAAUGGAAGACGAAAAAAGAACCAAAUCCAAACACACUCUACGGAGCAAUGGUUGCAGGACCAGACAAGUCUGACAAGUUCUCAGAUGACCGGACCAAGCCAUGGUUCACCGAGCCAACCAUAGCUAGUAAUGCUGGUCUAGUUGCUGCACUCAUUGCAACCCAUGAACCACCGGAACGCUCGUUUGGUUCUAAGGGCCCUAAUCUUGGCAUAGAUCAAGAGAGAAUUUUUUCAAGCAUUCAUCUAACUCCACCAGCUCCUUGAAACACUUAUAUUUUGAGUUGAUCGAUGUCUAACCUGUCAAGUUAAUGAAGAAGGUUUGAGUAGGAGAGAUCAUAAUACAGUUGUGGCGGAAGUCAUAUGUUAGAACUUAGAACUGAAAAGUUUUUGAGCUAGUAAUACAAAAAGUGCAAUACU